AUGACGCCUCCCGCCGCUGCCUCCAUGCCAGAGCCCGCGGCCGAGCCACCCAUAGCUGCAGAGAGCGCACAACUGUCGCUCAAGGUACGCACGCUGGAUCAGAGGACCUACCCGAUCACCAUUUGCGCGGCUGCGUCCGUGCCGCAGCUUAAGGAGCUCGUUGCCGCCGAGACGGGCGUCACGCUGGCCCGUCAGCGACUCAUCUACCGCGGACGAGUGCUUAAGAACGAUCAGACUUUGUCCGCGUACUCGUUGGAGGAUGGCCAUGUCUUGCACCUUGUGGUGCGGGCUGUUCCGCCUACUGACGCCGCUAGCCGGGCGUCGGCCAGUGCUACGUCUGCUCCAGACCCUUCCGCCGGCCAAGGUGCUCCUCCUGCAGGUAGACAGAUGCCCGCUCCGUACCAAUUGCGUCAGCAGUCAUCUUUAACGCCACCGAGAGAUAACGACGAGCCCGACCCGACAAUGGGGCGAUCAGGAAACGUGACAGUGCCAUUUCUCAACUCCAUGAUCUCCAACCUCGUGACACAAAUUGAAGAGGGUGUAGGCCCAACGGCGGCGCGUGGACGACGUCGCACAACAUUUUCACGCGAAGGUUCGAGCGGCAGCACAUCCGCCGAGAUGGAAGCCGCCACGGCGAGAGCUCUUCGCCAUCACCACCGAAAUCGAGACGGGUCUGGACGGCAACGCCACGGACGACGAUCUUCGUCCACUAGUGCUGAGCGACAGGCCACUUUGCGUGCUCGCACGGGUGCCCGACUCGAAUCUAGCUUACAGCACUACCGCAAGGAGACACCAACGCAGCCAUGA